AUGCUAGCUCGGGAAGCUGAGGCAGCAAGCUGGAGCCAAAGACGGCGACUGUAUGGCGACGGCGCCACCGGUAGUGGAAACAAGAGGCAGAUGAGCCCUUGGCUAGCUCCCACCAUGGGCUUUCCUCCAAUGACACCAAUACACCAUUUUAGACCCUUGCACGUGUGGGGUCAUCCAUCCGUCGACCAAUCGUUAAUGCACAAGUGGCCCAAACAUCUACCCCAUUCACCUUCUCCUCCUCCGCCACCGCGGCCACCUACAUGGCCACUAGCUCCAGCUCUUCAUCCUCCACCACCACCACCAUCAGACCCUUCUUUUUGGCACUCACCCCACCGACGGGUUCCAAAUUGUCCAACGCCGGGAACAGCUUGCUUCCCACCGACAAUGGCACCAAUGAGAUUUCCCACUCCGUCUGUCCCAAGCAUUGGUGUCCCGACUACCCCAACUGGACAAACAUACUCCCAUACUCCAUUAAUCGACUUGCAUCCGUCGAAGGAGAGCGUAGAUGCAGCAAUUGGGGAUGUUCUAUCAAAGCCAUGGCAGCCACUUCCUCUUGGACUAAAAACUCCAUCCACUGAUAGUGUGUUGGUGGAACUGCAACAACAAGGAAUUUCAAAAAUACCACCAACUUGCGCUUGA